AUGGCGUCCAUUCUGCUACGAUUUGAGAGUCGAAACGGCCAGUUUCGACUCACAGUCAGCCCGCAGGAACUUUUCCCUGCGCUCAACCAAAAGAUCUUGGAGCACCUCCCGCCGAACACGGAAGCUUCAUCUAUCGCCCUUUCAAAUAAACCGAUCGGCACAGGUGGCGAGGAGAGGCAAUUAGCAGAACUGCAAGGUGUUUCGCUACAGCAGGUUGGCCUGAAGCAUGGUGAUAAACUCUUUGUGGGGUACAAAGAACAGUCACAACAGAACGGAUCCUUGAACGGCACUCCAUCCACGACUUCAGAACACCGGCUCAAUGGCGCUCCCGUUCCCGCGCAACAAACAGUCCCGAUACGCACGCAGCCAGGCCCUUCCACCUCAAUGAAGAACCCGUGGGACUUGGUGAAACAAUCUCCGCUCGACAACUUGCUGGACAAGAAGGAUGGGAAAAUCAAGCGAGGAAUGGAUUACAAAAUGUGCAGACAUGGUCCACGAGGCAUGUGCGACUACUGCAUGCCGCUCGAGCCCUAUGAUAAGAACAACAUGGCAGAGAAGAAGAUCAAGCAUCUCUCUUUCCAUUCAUACUUGCGGAAGAUCAAUGCUGCUACCAACAAGCCUGAACUAGGAACCUCAUUCAUGCCGCCCCUCAACGAACCAUACUACCGAGUGAAACCCGACUGUCCUUCGGGCCAUUCCCCGUGGCCGGAGGGAAUCUGCACCAAGUGUCAACCAAGCGCGAUCAGUUUGCAACCCCAGGAAUUCCGCAUGGUGGAUCAUGUCGAGUUUGCCUCGCCCGAAUUGAUCAACUCUCUCCUCGACUUCUGGCGAAAAUCUGGAGCCCAGCGACUGGGAUUCUUAUAUGGAACAUACGAGGAAUAUACUGAAGUGCCGCUCGGUGUGAAGGCCGUUGUGCAGGCAAUCUACGAACCCCCACAAGUUGGGGAAGUUGACGGCAUCACACUUCAUGAUUGGCACAACGAAAAGGAAGUAGACGAGGUGGCCAGUUUCUGUGGACUGCAGAAGGUCGGUGUCAUCUAUACUGAUCUGCUUGACGCUGGUCGUGGCGACGGAUCUGUGGUAUGCAAGCGGCAUAUCGACUCUUACUUUUUGUCAUCCCUCGAAAUCGCCUUUUCUGCAAGGCUCCAAGCGCAGAACCCGAAGGCCACGAAAUGGAGUCGCUCAGGGCAAUUCGGCUCCGACUUUGUGACGUGUGUCCUCAGUGGCGAUGAUACCGGAGCGAUCUCCAUCAGCUCGUACCAAGCAUCGGUCUCUGCCGUUGAGAUGGUCAGGGGAGACAUCAUUGAACCGUCCGCUGACCCAACAGUGAUGUUGGUCCAAUCAGAGCAUGACGAAGACAUUGGCAGCAGGACUAGAUAUAUCCCCGAGGUCUUCUACCGGAGAAUUAACGAAUACGGCGCAAGCGUCCAGGAGAACGCGGAGCCAAGUUUCCCAGUCGACUUCUUGCUAGUUACCCUCACCCAUGGAUUCCCAACAGAGUCAAACCCGAUGUUCACCAACAGUCGAUUCCCAAUCGAGAACCGAGAAGUCAUCGGCGAGAGCCAAGAACUUCGACACGUCGCCCAGAAGCUCAUGUCCCACGGCGACACCGAUAAGGCCAUUCAGGCCGUUUCCGACUUCCACAUCCUGUGCUUCUUGCAUGGACUCAGCACAUUCAACAAGGACGAGGAAUCGCUACUUUGCCGCGUCGCGCAAACGAAGUCUCCGGCGGAUGGGAUUCAGCUUGUGAAUACCCCAGGAUGGGCGACAUUGAUGACAAUUCUUCAGGAGAGUGGUGAGCGCCCCCCUAAGCGCCCCUGGCCCACCCCGGCCCAGCCCCUUCGGUCGUCUUCGCCGGAUUCCCAAAUCCGCAAACGUCGCAACCCCCAACCCUCCACAUUACCCCGCUCCAUUUCUCCCAGUACCGAGAGUGAGCAUCUUGCUAAGAGGUUUAAGGGAGCUAGUCUAGAGUGA